AUGCUCAACGCCGCUGAAGCGUUCGCGAGAACUUUCAAGGCAGCGGCGUUCCGUGGCCAGCUCCAAUUCUUUCCCAAGUACCCACUCAGGGCGCUCGUCCUCCCCGGUGUCCUUGUCUUCCAAGCGCGCAAUCUCCUCUCGCCCGAGGAGCUCGUGCCAGCACGAGGCAUUAUGAAGGAACCGAGGGGCAUACUAGACGGUUUACCCGAAAGUGUCACACGCGAUCACGCAUUUGGAGGUGUGCAACGCUCGUACCGACGCCUACAUGAGGCCAUGACGAACUGGGGCAGUUCUGAACUUGUGCAAGAUCCAAUGCAAGACCUCGAUGUCUUCCUCACCCAGAUGGGGUUCAUGUUUGGCGAUGAGGCAUUGGACAUGCUCUUUCGCCCGGAGGAGUCUAGCCUCGCCCGCACGCAGGUUGCUUUGGCCAGAGGAAGGCCUGCCAAUGACUCGUUUCGCCAGCAGCCUUGA